ACGGAUGGCACAAGUGUAACAAGUACCUUACUGAAGAACAACUUCAGGUAGCAGGGGAUACCAUUAUCUAUGCAAUUUAAAGAGAGGUGUUUGCAGAUGAAAUCAGGGGUAUGGAAAAGGACAAUCCCAUGCACAAACAAAGCCCUUUCUACAAGUUAAGUCCCUUUAUGGACAGUAACAAACUUCUCAGAGUCGGAGGUCGACUUACAAGGGCUCAAUUGACAACAAAUGAAAAGCAUCCUGUAAUUAUUCCCAGCAAACACCACGUAUCUCAGCUCAUAAUUAGACACUUUCAUGCACAAGUACACCACCAGGGCAGACACUUCACUGAAGGUGCGAUCAGAGCUGCAGGGUUUUGGAUAGUUGGUGGGAAGAGAGCGGUUAGUGCUGUCAUCUUUCGCUGUGUCACAUGUCGAAGACUAAGAGGCAAACGGCAAGAGCAAGUUAUGUCAGAUCUGCCAGAAGACAGAAUGAACACAGAUCCUCCUUUCACAUGUGUAGGACUAGAUAUCUUUGGCCCAUGGACUGUCACAACUAGGAAAACGCGAGGAGGCCAAGCGGAGUCAAAAAGAUGGGCAGUCAUCUUUGUAUGUAUGAGCACUCGUGCCAUACACAUUGAAGUGAUCGAAUCUAUGGACACUUCAUCGUUCAUCAAUUCCCUGAGACGAUUCUUUGCCCUACGUGGUGCUGCUAAGUUGCUCAGAUCCGACUGUGGCACAAAUUUUGUGAGUGCUUGCCGAGAACUCCAAAUAAGUAAACUGGGGUGUCACAAUAAAGAAAUCAACAACUAUCUGGAAGAUAGUGGAUGUCAGUGGCUGUUUAAUCCACCACACGCUUCACAUAUGGCGGGAUCUUGGGAGCGUAUGAUUGGAGUCAGUCGGCGAAUUCUGGAUGCAAUGCUGCUGCAUCAUGGAAAUGCUAAGCUUACACACGAGGUGUUAGUGACGUUCAUGGCUGAAGUCACUGCAAUUGUCAAUGCACGGCCCCUUACAGCAGUUUCCACUGAUCCUGAGCAUCCUGAGAUCCUCACGCCUGCUAUGUUGCUCACACAAAAGGUUGGAGUGCCUCCGGUUCCACCGGGCCAGUUUGACAAUCAUGACCUCUUUAGAGCACAAUGGAGACGUGUUCAGUAUCUUGCGAAUGUAUUCUGGGGACGGUGGAAGAGAGAAUACCUCAGUGGAUUACAACAUCGUCGCAAGUGGAUGACACCAAAACCAAAUCUACAAGUCGGAGAUGUCGUUCUUCUCAAGGAAGGACAGGAAAAAAGGAACGACUGGCCUCUUGGACUCAUUACAAAAACUUUUCCAAGCAAGGAUGACAUGGUCAGGAAAAUUGAAGUCAAAGUCAUUCGAAAUGGGGAAAAGAGACUAUACUUGAGGCCCAUCAGUGAAGUUGUCCUUCUGGUCUCUAGGGACUGCACCUAAAAGCCUCACAUAUCCUUUGAAACAGUGGUCUAUUUAAGUUGGUGUGACUUCUUACAGAUGUCAGACGGGGAGUAUUCUGCCCCUUAAAUGUUUUCUUCUUCAUUAAGAAAAUUAUAAUUAAAAGGUUCUUAGUAAUUUGCCCUGUAGAUUGUGUUAUUGAAUUAGAAGGCAGUGGCUCUGUAAUUGUUCUUUAGACGAACACUGCCAUCUUGUGUUCACAUUGCGGAAAGCAGCAAGUGACAGGAAAUAGGAAGAACCGAGUAGCCAUUUUGUAGAAGCUCUUGCAGUGGAAAGACCUACGUGCUGUGUCUCUGCUUACAACUUGGUAUUCUGCCCUUGAUAAGGCAUGAUCUUUUUA